AUGGCACUUGCAAUUAAUACAGCCGGAAAUUCAGUGCCACCAAUGUUAAUAUUCCCCCGUAAACAUUUCAAAGCAUUCAUGAUUGCCAAUGCUCCUACGGGUUGUAUCGGAUCAGCCCAUCCAUCAGGGUGGAUGACAGGUGAAAAUUUAUGGAAGUUUACAAAAUUAUACGUGGUGCCAGCUUGUAAUACGGACAAGACUAUUAAUGCGUUAGAGAAAUUUUUAGUUGAAGUGGGGAAGCCGGAGAAAAUUAUUGCUGACAACGCGACGUAUUUUAACAAUGAUCGGUUUAAAGGAUUUUUAAGGGAGAGGGAAAUAAAGUUAGGGUUUUGUUCAAUAAGGCAUCCGCAGGGUAAUCCUUCAGAAAGGUACAUUCAGGAAAUUAUUAAGUAUUUGAGAAUGAGGUUAGUAGGAGAACCGCAUAGUAAUUGGGGGAAGUACGUGAAACAAAUUGAAACUUGGAUUAACGAGAUACCGUCCACAGUAACGGAGAAACCGCCGGUUUAUUUGAUGUUUGGGAUUUUUCCAGAAAGACCCUGGGAAAAUUUAGAUGUGGGAGAACAAGGAAUAAGGGAACAAUUAGAACAGAUUAGGAUUAGAGUAAGGAGAAAACAAGACCGAUUUGAGGUUAAACAAAAUGCUAGAAUAAAACGAAAAACGACAUUUAGGCAAGGGGAUCUGGUGAUUUUAAAGAAGUUAAGGGUGGCUGAUGGCCCAAAGCAGAUUAGUGGCCAAGUUAUUGUUACCGUAUGA